CGUUCUCGUCUAUUCGGCCUUUUUUUUUUCUGGAGUCUCUCUCCGCCGCCUCCCCUUUCGCCGCCGCCCCUUUCUUGCUAAUAGUCUAUCGCUGUGAUGAUCUUCGACAAAGUAAAGCGCUUCGCCGUCUUGCUAGAUGGGCCCGAGCCCGAGCCCGCGUUCAGCGGCGGUCAGGCCGUGUCCGGAACGGUGCUGUUAGAGCUGGCGGCCCCGGCGCGGGUGGGAGCCCUACACCUCCGCGCCCUGGGCUGCGCCCGGGUGCACUGGACUGAAUCCCGCAGCGCCGGCUCCAGCACUGCCUAUACACAGAGCUACAGUGAACAGGUGGAGCUGGUGAACCACCGCGACACACUGCUAGCCCCAGACUCUGGGGACACUACUACCUUACAGCCCGGGAGGCACGAGUUCCCCUUCAGCUUCCAGUUGCCCACGACUUUGGUGACCUCAUUUGAAGGGAAGCAUGGGAGUGUUCGAUACUGUGUGAAAGCCAAACUCCAUAGACCCUGGGGCACAGCCAAGCGGGCCAAAAAAGAGUUCACAGUGAUCGAGCCCAUCGACAUCAACACUCCCGCCCUGCUGGCACCUCAGGCAGGUGUGAAAGAGAAGAUCGCCAGGGCCUGGUACUGCAAUCGAGGCCCGGUUUCCAUUACAGCCAAAAUUGAGAGGAAAGGUUAUACUCCAGGCGAGGUCAUCCCUGUCUUUGCUGAGAUAGACAAUGGCACCAGCCGCCCAGUUGUGCCCAAGGCCGCCAUUAUCCAGACCCAGACCUUUGUUGCCCGUGGAGCCCGGAAGGAGAAGAGAUCUGUGGUUGCAAGCAUUGUGGGGGAUCCUGUCCCUGCAGGGAAACGGGAGCUAUGGCAGGGACGGGCACUGAAGAUUCCCCCUGUGGGACCUUCCAUCCUGCAGUGCCGGAUCCUUCAUGUGGAUUAUUCUCUAAAGGUCUGUGUGGAUAUCCCAGGCACAUCCAAAUUGCUCCUAGAGCUGCCACUUGUCAUCGGGACCAUCCCCCUGCAUCCAUUUGGCAGCCGGACAUCCAGUGUGGGCAGCCAGUUCAGCAUCAGCCUGGACUGGCUGCAUAUGACCAUCCCGGAGCAGCCAGAAGCGCCCCCAGAGUACUCCGAAGUGGUAUCUGAGGAGCCGGGAUCAGGCCUCUCACCUCCACCCCAAGAGGCCGGGAGCAGCCGGGCCCUGGAGGGCCCCUUCUUUGCCUACAUCCAGGAGUUCCGAUACCGUCCACCUCCCCUGUACUCUGAGGUGGAUCCUAACCCUCCCUUGCAGACCAUGAGGCGGCGAUGCAUGACAUGUUGAGGCCUAGAGGCAGAGGCUUGAUUCUGACCAGAACCAGCUCCUGGGAUUCAGUAAAGGCUCCCGGCUGGAGUGAAGCCAAGGAGCCCCGCUGGACCGCCUGGCAGGAGAGCAGGCGGCUUCCUGUGCCUUUGGAGAUGGCAGGGGGGAUGGGGAGUCGGCUCAGCAUGACUUUAGGACGCAGCUGCUGAGUCCCCCCUUUUCUCUGGCCCCAAAUGCCUUUUGGGUGAGGGCCGUCCCUGACACGAGGCUGUUUUGUCCUUUCUGGAAGCAGCUCUGAACUUGUCCUUCGACCUGGAAUUGAGAGCUCAGCUCUGUCCAGAGCCUUCAUUCAAGGACUUGUACGGAUGAAGCCUCUCAGAGGCUAGGACUUGGCCAAAAGGGGAGCCAGUAAGGCUGGGGCGCUUCACCUACAGACUGCCUCAUUUUCCCACCCAGAGAAUGCUGGCCUUGGCCAUGGAGAAGAUGGGCCAGGACAGCAGGGGUUUGUGAGACUGUUCUCCCUCUUCCCCCGGAUCUCCCUGGGAGCUGGGCCUGGGGAGGAGAGAUAGAAUUAGGAGUCAGUGAGAAGGGAUGGUCCAUGGGUGCUAAACAGGACAGCCCCUCUAAAGCUGGUGCUAAUACUGCGCGGGACCAAGGGAGCUGCUUCCCCUUCUGGGGCCUGACACCCACCACAGUGCUCUUACUCAAACCCAGGGAGGGCCGGCUCCUUCCUUUCAGGAACAAGCGUUUGCUUGGCCUUGACUGAGAACUUCAUCCACACUGUGGUUUUGAUAAAAAUCAAAGAACAUUCAAGAGAAGCUCCUUUUUUUUGUACAGUUUUUCUUUUAAAAAUAAAUAAUAAACGUGAGUCUAUGCUUUCUACCUA